AUGGCGGCGAGCAAAGCCUCCCGCGUAGGCGAAGAAAUAUGGAAGACGCGCAUCGACAAAGUCAACGCCGAACUCGUAACCCUCACGUACGGCACCAUCGUAGCCCAGCUCUGCAAGGACUUUGACAAUGACUACGCCGAGGUGAAUAAGCAACUGGACAAGAUGGGCUACAACAUUGGCCUACGCCUAAUAGAAGACUACCUCGCCAAGUCGAACACCAUGAAGCGGUGUGCAAACUUUAGGGAAACUGCCGACAUGAUUGCAAGAGUCGGCUUCAAAAUAUUCCUCAACAUCACACCCCAAAUAACCAACUGGACCUCCGACAAUAACCAGUUCUCGCUGCUAUUCGACGAGAAUCCCUUUGCCGACUUUGUCGAGCUCCCGGAUGACGGGCGAGCCCAGGACGAACUUUGGUACUCGAAUAUCCUGUGCGGCGUGCUGAGGGGUGCUUUGGAAAUGGUACAGAUGCAGGUGGAAGCGCAUUUUAUCAGCGAUGUGCUGCGGGGAAAUGACACUACUGAAAUGAGGGUUUCGUUGGUGCGCUAUAUUGAUGACGAACUGCCCCCUGAAGAUGAUUGA